AUGUCCCACGAAAGCGUCUGGAACUCGCGCCCGCGAAACUACGGCAAGGGCUCUCGCCAAUGCCGCGUCUGCAAGCACACUGCCGGUCUGGUCCGCAAGUACGACCUCAACCUGUGCCGUCAAUGCUUCCGUGAGAAGGCCAAGGACAUUGGUUUCCACAAGGUGAGCAAUCCAGAAGCAACCGAUAGAAGAGCUAGGGACAAGAGGGAAACGGCAAAGGGAACAGAGAAGGGGGACUCAGGGAUAUGGUAUUUGAGAAACAGCAGCUAA